UCCUGAACAUUCACCUUUCACACUAAAAAUACUCAUUAUGAUAUGAUAUUAUAUUGAGUACCAAAUAUUUUUUAUUUUAUUCGCAGAAACAAAUCAAUUAAUUAUGGAAUUCUCUCUGAAGAAAUCGUUUAAAUCACAUGGCUCUUACAAGCACCUGAGGAAGAUCUCCGCUGGUGGAGACACUGACCGUAGCAACGAACACCUCCCCAUUCUCUUCGACCACGAAUCCCAUCACUCAAUGAGGGCCUCUGAUCGCUCCGACCGUGGCGAAGUCAUUGUCAAGAUCGACGGCGGAGAUUCCUCCGAUAAAAAAGACGCGGCGGACCCCAUCAACAUGAACAACAACAGUAACAAGAUUUGGAGAGAGUCCAGCUACGACUUCUGGAAAAACGACGACGACGACAACAAGAACAACAAUGUGAAAAAUGGGGGCUUUGAUUUCGUGCCACGCGGGAAGGAGGUGGAGGAUCCGCCGUCAAAGCUGAUUGGUCAGUUUCUGCAUAAACAGAGAGCCUCCGGUGAGAUAUCCUUGGACAUGGAUCUCGAGAUGGACGAGCUCCGGAAUCUCCCUCCUGUGGCCGAGUCUCCUGUGAAGGCCACGACCCAGAUGUCCAAGGAGCUCAAGGUCUCGUUCCAGCCCUCCAAUGCCGGGUUCGAGUCGGCGACCGACGCGGUACGACGUCGUUAUAAGGAACCGUCUGUGGACGAAGAAGAGGGACACCGUAAUCAUCAACAACAACAACAACGACAUUCGCCGCCGCAACAAUCUCAGCAAUGCGGUAGAGUAAGUGGGUCUGGCGCUUUGGACGGGGAGGUGGUGAGGUGCACAUCGAACGGGUCGUUUCAAAGGAAAUCGAGCUUGUUGAGAGCGAAGACCAGGUCGAGGCUGAUGGACCCACCGGGAGAGCCGGAUAGGCGGUCGGGCCGGGUGCCCAAGUCGGGUCAGCUCCGGUCCGGGAUGCUGGCCAAGGCCUUGGACGAUGACGACGACGACCCAUUCUGGGAGGAUGACUUGCCGGACGAGUACAAGAAAACCAGUCUCAGCGCUGUGACUGUGUUGGAAUUCGUGAGUUUGGUUUUGAUCAUCGCCGCUUUUGUUUGUGCUCUCUCGAUUCCUUACUUGAGGAACAAGAAUGUGUGGAAGCUCAAGCUGUGGAAAUGGGAGGUCCUGGUCUUGGUUUUGAUCUGUGGGAGGUUGGUGUCCGGGUGGGGGAUUAGGAUCAUUGUGUUCUUUAUAGAGAGGAACUUCCUUUUACGCAAAAGGGUGCUCUAUUUCGUUUAUGGGGUUCGAAAGGCGGUGCGUAAUUGCCUGUGGCUGGGGCUUGUUUUGAUAGCUUGGCACUUUUUGUUUGAUAAGAAGGUUGAGAGGGAGACCAAGAGUGAUAAGCUUAAGUAUGUGACUAAGACUCUGGUUUGUUUAUUGGUGGGUACCUUGGUUUGGUUGGUGAAGACCCUUAUGGUGAAGGUGUUGGCUUCGUCUUUUCAUGUCAGUACGUUUUUUGAUCGGAUCCAGGAGUCUCUGUUUAACCAGUAUGUUAUCGAGACGCUUUCUGGGCAGCCAUUGAUUGAGAUGCGGAAUGCAGAGGAGGAGGAGAUUAAGCUUGCCGAUGAGGUGAGGAAGCUACAGAAUGCUGGUGCUAAUAUCCCCCCUGAUCUCAAGGCCACUGCUUUCCCUUCAAUGAUAAGUGGAAGGGUUAUAGGGAGUGGAAGGGUUAUAGGGAGUGGAGGGUUGCAAAGUAGGAGUCCCCGAGUGAAGAGUGGAAAGCUUUCUCGGGCAUCGUCGAAGAAGGGGGAUGAUCAGGGGAUCACCAUUGAUCAUCUGCAUAGGUUGAAUCCAAAGAAUGUGUCGGCGUGGAAUAUGAAGAGGUUGAUGAAUAUUGUUCGGUAUGGGACUCUUUCCACGCUGGAUGAGCAGAUAUUGGGUGCCACUAAUGAGGAUGAGUCUAGUACACAGAUUAGGAAUGAAUGCGAGGCCAAAACUGCUGCAAAGAAGAUAUUUCUGAAUGUCGCUCGGCAAGGGUCCAAGUACAUCUACCUGGAGGACUUGAUGCGUUUCUUGCAAGAAGAUGAGGCUUUGAAAACCUUGAGUCUCUUUGAAGGAGCCUCUGAGACCAAGAGAAUCAGCAAAUCAUCCUUGAAGAACUGGGUGGUCAACGCCUUUAGAGAGCGGAGAGCACUUGCUUUGACGUUGAAUGAUACAAAAACGGCCGUGAACAAACUUCAUCGAGUUGUGAACAUUAUAGUUUCCAUUGUUAUAUUAGUUAUUUCGCUCCUGAUUCUGGAAAUUGCCACCACCAAAUUUCUGCUCUUUGUAAGCUCUCAGCUUGUGCUUGCCGCAUUUAUCUUUGGAAACACCUGCAAGACGGUAUUUGAAGCAAUCAUCUUCUUAUUUGUAAUGCACCCAUUUGAUGUGGGAGAUAGGUGUGAAAUUGAAGGAGUUCAGAUGGUUGUAGAAGAAAUGAACAUCUUGACUACCAUAUUUCUGAGAUAUGAUAACACAAAGAUUAUUUACCCAAACACUCUUCUUGCUACGAAGUGUGUCAAUAACUUCUAUCGAAGUCCUGACAUGGGAGAUGGUGUUGAGUUCUGCGUACAUAUAUCUACUCCGGCGGAUAAGAUUGCAACCAUGAAACAGAGAAUUGUAAGUUAUAUUGAGAGCAAGAAGGAGCAUUGGUAUCCUGCACCAAUGACUAUAUUUAAAGACGUGGAAGAAUUAAACAGGGUGAGGAUAGCCGUAUGGCUAACACACACAAUGAACCACCAGGACAUGGGAGAGAGGUGGGCAAGGAGAUCUCUUUUGGUUGAAGAGAUGGUUAAGAUUUUCCGUGAGCUUGACAUUGAGUACCGCCUGCUGCCCCUUGACAUCAAUGUCCGCGCCAUGCCUUCUGUGAAUACUACCCGGUUUCCCUCUACUUGGACAGAAACUACAGGUUGAGUGAGAAAGCAAGAGAAUGUUUUCUCACUAAUCGAAUUAAUAUCCAUGAGCUGCAUAUGAUCCCUUGGUAAUGCACUCUGGGCGGCCACUGUUUUCAUAGAGUAGAAUAUCCUCUAGAGAAUGGAGAGGCGUUUUUGUGUAUAAUACUUUUUAGUUGGUUAAUCUUGUUCCAAGUUAUUCUUGAGUCUCUUAUCACAAACCAUAUCCAAUUAAUGGCAACUAUAGCAAUUUCCUUUUACA